AUGACUGAUUGUUGGAGACCAUUUGUUAUCAUAUGGAGUGCAAUACUGCUUGCCUAUGUCACUGGAUACAAACCUGUCAUCAUAGUUCAUGGGAUCCUAGAUGGACCCAAACAGUUCGAGAAUUUGGAGAAAUUUCUAAAUCAGUCUCAUCCAGGCACCAUCGUGACUACGAUAGCCCUGUAUGACUACAUUGCCAGUAUGAAGCCACUGUGGCUACAGGUGGAUGGCUUCAGAGAGGCAAUCAGACCCAUAAUGGAGAAUGCUGAAGAUGGUGUCCAUCUCAUCUGCUUCUCACAAGGUGGCUUGAUAUGUCGAGGAGUUAUUGCUACUCUUCCAAAACACAAUGUCCGCUCCCUGAUAUUCUUGUCUUCACCACUAGCUGGCCAGUAUGGAGAUUCAUAUUAUUUGAGGUAUUUUUUUCCCCAAAUGUAUCAAGUCAAGGCUGUAGCCUACCAUUUUUGUUAUACCAAAUGUGGACAAAAGAUAUCAAUCUGCAACUACUGGAACGAUCCACACCAAAGAGACAGGUACCUGAAGAGCAGCAACUAUCUUGCCCCACUAAAUGGUGAAUUAGAGCAUGCCAAUUUAACUGUGUGGCGAGACAGCUUCCUGCGCAUACAGAAGCUGGUUCUGAUUGGUGGACAAGACGAUGGUGUUAUUACUCCGUGGGAGUCCAGUAUCUUUGGAUACUAUGACAGUAAUGAAACUGUGGUUGAGAUGGAAAAACAGGAUUGGUUUCUAAGAGAUGCGUUUGGUCUGAAAACACUGAACUCAAAAGGAGCUGUGGUCAAGUGUGUCGUCCAUGAUGUUUCCCAUACAUCUUGGCAUUCAAACAUCACAGUCUUCCAGAAUUGCAUAGACAAGUGGCUCACCUAA